UAGAUGCUAUUAGGGUUUGCGAGAUGAAGCGCAAGGCUUCCUUCAGUGACGCGGCGCAGGCGUCUUCGUCGUGCGGCGGCGAGGAGGCGAUCGAUGCGGCGGAAUGCGUGUUGCCAGCGCUGCUCCCAUUCAAGCGAUCGCAGCUCCUGGAGCGCUACCCCAAGGGCAACACGCGAGGUAGGCACUGGAAGCACCUCAAGCAGAUAAUCCAGGCCGAGAAUUUCCAUCUGCUUCCGGCUGAUGAGCCCAACUAUGUUAACAUCGAAUCGCCUCCUUCCAUGUACCCCUCCAAGAAAUACUGCGACAUCUCUGGAUUUGAGGCACCUUACACGGAUCCACGAACAAAGCUCAGAUAUGCAAAUGCCGAUGUCUUCAAGCGCAUCAGAUGUCUUCCCGACGAUUACGUUCAAGGCUACUUGGGUCUCAGGAAUGCCACUGUAGUUCUCAAGUAAGCUCUCCUCGACUUAAGCACAAGCCUGGAUAUAGCACAGUUCUUGGGGAUAGUAUAAGCAACGAGAAAGGAAGGCUAGAACGAGCAGGAGUCUGGUUAUCGAGAACUAUUGGUUAGUAUAGAAUGGAAGAAACUCAAGGAUAGAGUGUAGGACCGGAGUUAGCAACGAGGAAGAGCCAUUAUCAAGCCAGCCCCAUGAAGCCCGAGUUUCACGCACUUGGUGGAGUUCUUGAGGGCAUGAGCAAGAAGAAAAAUUCCAACGAUGGUGGCUGCUACAAUCUGGCGCUUGCUGGGUGGUGGAGGAUACAGGGGCCGUGGCUAUGCUAAAAAUGUGAGAAGCUUUUGCUUUCACUCG